AUGAGCAUGGAGGAAAUUCCGCAAGGCGUUGGAUUAGGAAGUCUUAGUAACCUCGUCGGUGGUAACGCUAAUGCUACAGCGACUAACACCGCUCCGCAAGCCUCGACCGCUCAACGAUCUGAAGCAGGCGUUGUGUUCACUCCGAUGCCUUUUGGAGGUGCUCCCAGUGCUGAUGUGCUACAGCAUCUCCUAUCAACAGUGAUACGUCAAGGUUUGAUGCCCGGCGUUGAAGGCGUAGCCGUUCAGAUUCCGAAUUCGCUAGCAGUCCAACUACAUAACUUUAUCGACAACCAAGGACCGGCGUCGGCUCAAAACACGACUCAAUCUCAAGGCCAGAGUCAAACCCAAAGCGUAAGCCAAGAGCAAGGUCAAACUCAGGAUCCGAUGCAGGCUGCAUCAGGAGAGGAACAAAACUCUGAGCAAUCGUCUCAACAAUCCUCUGAGAGGGCUAAUCAGGAGCAGGGCGCCAAUGCUAGCGCCAGCAAUGCUCAACCAAGAAAUGGUGGAAUGCAGUUUUUCCGCACUGCUAACACCGGUCGCGCCCAGGCACAAGGUUUGGCGCUCGCCAGCCUUUUCUACGACAGAUAUUUGCAAUGCGAUAGUCAACACGCCCGUCGCCGUCUCCAGCGCCGUAGGUGAAGCGUGCUCGUCAGCAGUACAUGUCUGAGUUGCUUCAUGCGUCUGGCGGCGAGCCCGCACUACUCCCUAACGAGUUUCGUCGACUCCAAUUUCUCCUGCGCAGCUACGUGCAGCACCUGAUCGUUCCCUUCGGAAAAUAUGGAAGUGACAACGCGUUCGAGAGCGUCGCCGAUUACAUGGUCGAUGAGAACUACGAAUUCAUCGAAAAUAUGGCAAACAUAACUGGUAUCCGUGACGAUAUCGACCCUGUGGAGUCUAUCCGUGCAUUGGUCCGGUCGAGAUUGCCGGCAGUGAUCGCUUGUGUUAUGUCCGGCUCGAAUAAUGAAUUGUUCGUGGUGCGUUUCUACGCGAUGUUCUUGCGCAUUUACACGGAGCUAUGUGCGCUGGUAUGCCACAUGUGUACGGAUGGAGUGCAAGGAUUUCGACUACUUCAUAUGGCAUUCUUGGAUCAGUUAGUGGAGCAAUUUGACGAACCUAUUCGUUCGUCGAUGCGUGUCUUUGGAUUGGACAAUAUGAUGGGCAUCUUGGGCAACCUUACCAAUCACCAUGAAUCGAUCGCACAAUUUGUGCGUCGAAGAGACGGAGUCAUGCCUGAUCUGCCGCGCCCUGAACCAAUGGAGGAAGUAGUCAAUCCGUCUUUGGAUACGCAAGACGAACCUAUGGAGAUUACGCUGCCGCCCACGUCGACGGUCACGAGCGAAGUGACGUCAUCGACGGGGAUAACAAUCCCGACGGUCGCUGAACCCGAUCUCAACUCAUUGGCCAUGCAGUCUCCAACAGUCGCCAGCAGUACUAAUCCGAUUUCCGUGGACUCGCCGAUCGUACCUUGUCCAAGGGUUAAUAAAGCUCAGAGAACCAGCACUGCAACAUCUCCUCAAAGCACUAGUUCCGAUCAAAAUAUCCGCAUUGUACCGCCGAUGGUGAUUCUACAGCAUUGGGGCGAGGAAUGGGUACCAGUGUUUACACGCGACCAACAGGCACAACAGCCGGAGCCGUCGGAGCCCUACAGCGAUGCUUAUCUCUCAGGGAUGCCGUCCAGGAAGCGACGAUGCGUGCGACAGUCUCGUCCGUCGGCGACCCUCGAUGGACUCAUGAACGAGAGCGUGCGCGAGGCGUCAUCGCGCGAUGAUUCGCGCGUAUUGCCGAUGGAGAGAGUCGAGAGUAAUAGCGCAAUCCGUCUCGCUUUCCGCGAACGCUUGCGUCAUAUGGCGCGCACUCGGGCUAACAACUCCGAAGACUUUGAUCCACAUCGUUACGCAUCAGCCGCACGAUUCCUUAAUGCACCCAGUUUCAGAUCAAAUAGGCAAGACGAGUCGGACAACGACAACAAAGAAAACGGCGUUUGA